AAAUUAAGCACAGACAACAUGCAACUACACCUCAGACGUCCAGUCAGUGAAACACAAAGAAAAUACUCUUUCAUUUCGCUCUUGCCUUCUUGGAAAUUGCCAAUCUGUAAAACAUGAGGUCAUUUAUCCUACCUACCACGAUAUGUAUGUUGCUGUUGGUUGGUUUGGAAACAACAGAAUCACAGGGAUGUGUUACCACACCGAAAGUAGCGUUUAACGCAUAUUCCAGUACUGGGGGUAAUUACGGCGUCGACGAAUCUAUCAUAUUUCCUGUUGUAUUGCUUAAUGAAGGUUGUGGUUAUAACGAAAGCACUGGGAUCUUCACAGCCCCUGUGGCUGGAAUGUACCAGUUUAGCGUUCAGAUAUGUAAUGCCGCAUAUAAAUAUUUGUGCGCAGCUAUUGUACAUGAAAAUACUACAAUAGCAAUUACAACAAAUUACGACACAGUAAGUACCUGCAGUUCGACAAUGGUUCCAGCAAAAAUUGAGACGGGUGAUCAAGUUUAUGUCAAGAGUACAUACGAAGAAAGCGUCAUGUAUUCAAAUAAGAACAGAUGGCCAUCCUUCACCGGUCUUCUUACAAGUGUUUGAACAUAGUCAUGAAAUUCGACAAAAAUCUGACACUUGAGAAUUUUCAAUUACAUAAGAAAUAAACUGAUUCAAUAAUA